AGGGACCUCAAGGAUCAUCAAAGCUCCAACCUCCCUGCCACAGAAAGAAUCCUUCCAUGUGUGUGACCACUGGCAUCGGGCGCUGGUCUACUUUGUAAGGAAAUAAGUCCAUUUUUGGAGUAUUGCUUUACCCUUCUCUGCCUUAACUGAAACAUCCAUAAUAGAAUCACAAGGUUGGAAGGGACCUACAAGAUCAUCGAGUGCAACUGUCCUCCCACUGCCCUUGCAACCACAAGCCACUAAACCAUAUCUUGUAGCUCAAGUCUCAUUGGAGUGAGGAGAGCUGACCCCCAUGGGAACUGCUGUGAUUCCCCCGAAAUUCAUUUUAUAACACAGAAGAGAAGUCUAAUUGAGCCUGCUGUAGUUCUACUCCAUUUUUUGCCUUGUUCUCUGCCUAUGCAGAAGUUGGGCUAAGAAGUCUCCUGCAGCUGCAGUGAUACAACUGUUUGUGGGCUGUGAGUGCAAGCAGCCUUUUAGAGCAGAAGUUACUCCUCAGACUCCCGAUAGCUUCAAGAGCAGCGUUUGAGAUGUCUGCAGUUGAGAAGAUCGAGGAGCAGUUUGCCUGCCUGCGCAUAGCAAAGCGCUCUGUGCUAAGUGAGGAGCCUGCUUACCUGCUGGAUAUAGACAUCUCCGGAUCUGCUCAGUCUGAAAGCAGUUGCUUUGUGGCAGUUUCAUGUUCCAAUAAAUCCAUUAGGGUCUAUAACAGAGAAACACUGAACUUCCUGCGGGAGUACAGUAGCUGUCCUGGGACACUUAACGGCGUCAGAUUUGCACAUGCGUGUGACAGCUUGGUGUUCUCUGCGUGCAGUGAUGGUACAGUAAAAUGUUGGGAUAUUCGUUUAGCAACUCAGAAAGCUGCGCAGGUAUUCAGUGGCUAUCCUUCCAACGUGUUCAUCAGUUUUGAUCUCAAUUGCAGUGAUCUCAUGAUUUGUGCUGGAACAGAGAAAGUAGAAACGGAUACAUUCCUGGUGUUCUGGGAUGCGAGAGGCAGCACGGACUGUGCCAGCACAAUGAGGGAACCUUUGGGAGUGUACUCUGAAAGUCACAAUGAUGAUGUCACUAAGAUUUGUUUUCAUCCUGUCAAACCCAGUUUGGUCGUUUCUGGGUCGACUGAUGGCUUGGUGAAUGUGUUUGACAUUAACAAGGACAACGAAGAUGAUGCUUUGAUAUCAACCUGUAAUUCAGAUUCAUCAGUAAGUUUUAUUGGCUGGUCUGGGAAAGAUUAUGAACAGAUCUACUGCACGACCCACGAUGAGGGAUUUUGUUGGUGGGACCUUGCUCAGUUAGAUACUGAAGAACCAAUAAUGCUGUUGCGUGUUCUGGACGCCAGAGACUCAGUCUGCAUUGAAAAUGGCAGCUUAAAUUACCUGGUAGGAGGGAUGUACCACGAAAAGGCAGACAGACUCUUUCUGAUCGGAGGAACGGCAACAGGAGACGUUCACCUGAUAAGCUGCAGUGCUGCUGGGCUGAGCCUGGUGGGUACCCUUCCAGGGGGGCACUCUGCCACCGUUCGCUCUUUCUGCUGGAACCUGGCAGAGGAGUCGCUGUUGACAGGAGGAGAGGAUGCCCAGCUGUUGUUGUGGAGGCCCGGAGCUGUGGAACGCUGCCUGGCAAAGAAGGUGUCCCUGAAGAUUGCUUCUUCUGUGCAGAAGAGAGUGAGAGUUCACAACAGUUCCCUCAAAAGCAGGAAAAAAUAAAAUUCUGGGAAUGGGAGCCUGCUUUGCAGAGGUUUUUCUGUUUGUUUCAUCCUUCCAGGCAGUACUUGGCUGCUGCUUUACUUGGAGGUGUUCUGUGGAAAGAACUGCAAUACAUGAAUUCUGUUUGGGAACUUACAUCAGUCAUCAGAGGAAUGCUUUUUUUUUUUUUAAGUUGCUAAUAUUAAUCUGAGAAGAGUAAAUGUUUGCUCACUGGUUCAUGAAGAAUACAUCUUCAAUCAGUUCUUACAGAAAUACUUUUUAUGGUUGUUUAGUGUCUCAGCCAACAUUUUAAUGCAUAAUAUAGGCUUGUGACUUGCAUAAUUUGUUACUUUCCCAGUGAAAUUCCCUGUCAUGUUUUAAAAGCUUUUGUAUUUCAAGCUGUGUUUUUCUUUCUUUACAGAGAACUUAAUGAAAUUGCUCAGUAUAUUAAAAGAUUUUACGUUGCUUCCUAAUGCUUGAGGGAAUUACUUCUUAAUGAAACAGAAAAUAAGUACUUUUUGCAUUGUCAUAUUGCUGGUUUAUAACAAGCUUGUAAAGCAGCAUUUGAUUGAAUCAUAUUUUUAUAGUGAAGAUAUGAAUGUAUUCAACCAGAUGGGAAUGCACUACUCAGCACAGCUGAUUUUUUGACUGGAUGAGAAGUGUUGGAACUGGUGUUACUUAGGGUGUGUUUGCUUUGUGAAAACACCCAGGAAUCUUCCAGGCAGCUUUGUUCUUUGCUGGUAGGAGCAUCUCAGCGGGUGCACCUGGAAGCUGGGAGAUGGUCAGGGAGUUAAAGAAAUUAAUAGAUGUGAUGACAGCAGUUGUGCUUGGAGUCCUCCAGUCCUGCAUUUGAAAUAAGCUGCUAUCAGACACUCAAGGGGGGAUGUUAAAAAACAAAACCAGUCUUCUGAAAAUGUGGUUACUGAAUAACAGGCCAACGUGAGAAGGCUUUAGGAAAACCUCUUAGAAGUUAGUGUGUGUCUUUUAAGGAAUGGCUCUUCACAGAGAAGCCACUUAUGUGCAGGCAUCUCUCGAUGAUUGCAUUGUUUUAGUGUUCCAUCAAACGGCAAUUAAGUGCUGCAAAAAUUGCUUUGUUCUGAAACACUUGAGUUUUUAUGCUUAUUCUGCUCCACUGGCAGACUCCAAUCUGUGCAUCUGGCUCUGCACACACAA